AAAAAUUAUUUGCCUAACUUUUUCUCAUAUGCCAGACUCAAUCAAAUGAUAAAAGUUGAAACGAGCUGAAAAAGGCCUCCCAUCAAGAAAGAGCAUUUUCUUUAAAUCGGAGCUUUGAUUUUCCGUUUAUUUUCUUGUAAUUCCGGUUAAAGUUUCCGCCAGCGGCGAGGUCCCAACGCCGGUUGCAAAUCCCCAUUUUUGUUUUCCGGCCAAGGAUUUUGAGCUGAGGAAGAAAGGUGAAGAAAAAAAAAAUAUGGUGAAUGUAAUGGUGGAAAGAGCGACGAGCGACAUGCUGAUCGGUCCCGAUUGGGCGAGGAACGCUGAGAUCUGUGAUAUCUGCAAUCACGAUCCAAUGCAAGCAAAGGACAUCGUAAAAAGUAUAAAGAAGCGUAUUCACAGAAGGAACGCGAAAGUGCAGCUUCUUGCCUUAACACUAUUAGAAACCAUUGUGAAGAACUGUGGGGAUAUUGUUCAUAUGCAUGUUGCUCAAAAGGAAUUACCUCAUCAGAUGGUGAGAAUUGUGAAGAAGAAGAAGCGUCUCGGGGUAGUUUUCCCUCAGAGAUCUGAAUCUUCGGCACCUGCUUUCGCACCUCCACAAAAUACUAAUCGUAAUCCUGAAUCUGGACCAGCUCCAGCUGAGUCAUCUGCCGAAGCUGAAUUCCCCACACUGAGCCUGACCGAAAUUCAAAAUGCACGUGGUAUUAUGGAUGUCCUUGCAGAUAUGUUGAAUGCUAUAGAUCCUGCUAACAACGAGGGAAUCAAGCAAGAUGUUGUUGUUGAUUUGGUUGAACAGUGUCGUACAUAUAAGCAUCGAGUGGUUCACCUUGUUAACUCCACCACGGACGAGUCGCUGUUAAACGAAGGAUUAGCUCUAAAUGAUGACUUGCAACGAUUACUAGCUAAGCACGAAUCAAUUUCCUCGGGAGCUACACCUAUUCAAUUAGAGAAGUCAAACCUCGAAACCGAUCAUCAACCUUUGGUCAACAUUGAUGCUCCCCUUAUUGACACAGGCGAUGAUCAACACUCGGAUAAAGGGUAUAGAUCCAAUGGUCAACUAACAACAACAACAACAACAUCAACAACAACAAAAGCCGAUCAAAGCAUUGACCUUUUAAGUUGGGACGGCUUCAAUUCACCGAAUGAAAACUCUCUUGCACUGGUGCCAGCUGGCAAAAUCCAGCCUGGCGGUGGGCCCCAACACAACCCGCUCGAUUUAGUCGACAUGUUUACACAGAGUGAUGACAACCUUAAUAAAUUAGGUCAUCAGUCCUCGAAUUCAAAUGGACAAGAAAGCUCCAAUCUUUCACCACUGACAAAUUUUCAGCCUCCACAAGAUUCUAGUUCCAUUGCACCUGAAUACGAACAGCCGGUUUACAGUUCUCCUAAUACUAGCUCUCUUCCUCCACCUCCUUGGGAAGCUCAACUCGAUGAUCACGAUCACGAGCACGAGCAGGCCAUUAUUAGCCAGCAGCCUCAACCAAUCAGCAGCAGCCACUUGGCAGUGCAGAACAGUCAGCUGGCCGUGGGCCCGCAUCAGCCCGUUGGCAUGUAUCCACAACCUAUGCAAUCGGGUUAUGUGUACACAGAGGCCCAACAGAUGUAUGGCAACCAAAUGGGUGGAUACGGAUACGGGCCCACAUACAGAUAUGGUCAAAGUCAACAGUUUCUCGAGCAGAACAUUUCUGGAUUAUCUGUUUCGGACAAUAGUAUGUUGAAGAACUCGACUAAUUACCGGGUCUCAUAUGUGCCGUCCGGGAAGCCUUCGAAGCCUGAGGAUAAGCUGUUUGGGGACCUUGUCGAAAUGUCGAAAUUCAAGCCGGCUGCUGACAGGUCAGCGCCAGGUAGGACCGGGAGCAUGUGACGGUCGGUCAGUUAAUAUUUUUUCCAUUUUUAUUUUCUGACAUUUUCUUGAAAUUUUUGAUUGUCUAAAUUGUUUUGAAUUGUUUCUUUUUUUAGGGGGUAUAUAUAUUAAUUUCACAUGUUAUUCUUUACUUGUAUCAAUUCAUUGCCUCUGAGCUGCUACUCUUAUACUUGUAUUUGUAAUUAUCUGGCUUUUCUUGUUGAAUGAUGUACUUUUUUGUGUGCAAAAGAUUGGAAC